AUGGAUAAUGAGGAGGAAGAAGUGGUACCCAAUGCAGCAAUCAAACAAGGGAAGCUGUCGAAAACCCUUAUUUGGGUAUCCAUUGCUACAUGCCUCCUAUCUAUGCAAUAUGGUUACAAUCUCUGGAUUGCCUACUCUCCUGUUGUGCUCCUGCAAGACUAUUAUAACAUAACGUCAUUUGAAGAGAUGGAGAAUCCAGGCUCUCAGAUGUUCCUUCUGGCAACCACCCUUGCUUUAUUUCCACUUGGAGGCGUAUUUGGGUCACUUGCGGUUGGCUAUUUGGUGUAUAUGUUUGGCAGGAAAGGCACCUUGGCGAUAGCCAACAUUUUGUCCAUUAUUUCUGCUAUCCUCAUGGGUUGCACAAAUGAGAUAUCUGCCUUUGAAUACACCAUGUUUGUUCGCUUGUACACUGGGAUAUGCACAGGAAUUAUUUCCAGUGUUGUUCCCAUGUAUCUUGGUGAGAUCUCCCCUGGAAGUCUGCGGGGAGGCAUGAUCAUGAUGCCCCACCUCUUUCUAACCAUUGGUGUUAUGUUUGCUCAAAUCCUUGCUCUUCAUGAAAUCUUCGGGACCCCAGAAGGUUGGCCAAUUCUGAUGAGUCUUUCUGGUGUCAUGCCAUUGUGUCAGGUACUUCUACUGCCCUUCUUUCCUCAAAGUCCUAGAUAUCUGUUCAUUCAGAAGAAGGAUGAAGAGAAGGCAAGACAAGCCUUGAAGAAACUAAGAGGACAGAAUGAUGUGGAGGCUGAGAUGGAAGAACUCCGUCUGGAGGACCUUGCCGAGAAAGCAGAGAAGAACAUGAAUCCACUUAAACUACUAUCAACCCCAAGCCUGCGAUGGCAAACCAUCACCAUCAUUGUCUUGAUGUGUGGCCAGCAGCUUGCCGGCACCAAUGUGGCUUACUAUUAUACAGAGAGAAUCUACAUGUCUACAGAGAUGGAAAUAAACCAUGUCCGGUACAUGAGUAUAGGCUCAAGUGCUAUCCUCAUCUUCUCAACCACAUUAGGGAUGUAUCUCGUUGAUACUCUGGGCCGGAGGAUUCUGCUUCUCAUUGGCUUUGGGAUCUGCAGCACCAUGUGUGUCCUAUUAACAAUUACCCUGGAAAUGCAGGACAAAGUCCCAAAGAUGUCAUAUUUGAGCACAUUUUUCAUCAUCUUAUACUUGUUUGGACAUUGUUUGGGGCCUGGUCCAGCACCCCCUAUAUUUGAAGUGGAGCUGUUCUUUCAAACGUCCCGGGGCUCAGCCUUCGUGGUUGCAGGAUUUCUGCAGUGGUUCAUAAACUUCAUUACUGGAGUGUCAUUCCUUCAUAUAGAGACACGUAUUGGAUCUUUCAGCUUCCUCCUUUUCUUCCCUGUCUGUGUAGCAUACUUUUAUUAUACCUUCAAGAUGAUCCCAGAAACCAAGAAUAGGACCUUUCUGGAAAUCAGGAGAAUCAUGGCGAUCCGGGCAGCCAGCAGGAUCUCAGUCAAGGGGCAGAUGGGGAAAUAG